AUGGAAUUUUAUAAAUGUAAACUGUGUGGAAAAUCAUUUGCCAAGUCCUCAACACUUCAAGUUCAUCAAAGAAUCCACAGGGGAGACAAAACUUAUAAAUGCAUUAAGAGCAAGAAAUCAUUUACACAGUCCUCAAAACAUCAAGCUCACCACAGCAUUAAUACUGGGCAAAAAUGUAACAAAUAUAAUAAAAGUGGGGAAUCAUUUACCUCAUCCUCUGCUCUCCAGGAUCAUCAAAGCAUUCAUUCUCAAGAAUAUCCUUACAAAUGUAGUGAGUGUGGGAAAUCCUUUAUGAACUCCUCAAGUCUUCAUGUUCACUACAGAAUCCACACCAGAGAUAAACAUUACAAAUGUAAUGAGUGUGGGAAAUACUUUUCCCGGUACUCAAAUCUCCAAGUUCAUCAAAGAAUCCAUACUGGAGAAAAACCUUUCAAGUGUAAUGAAUGUGGGAAAUCUUUUACCCAGUACUCAAGUCUGCAAUGUCAUCAAAGAAUUCAUACUGGAGACAAACCAUAUAAAUGUAACAUCUGUGAGAAAUCCUUUAGAGUGUCCUCAACACUAAAAGUUCAUCAAAGAAUCCACACCGGAGAAAAACCUUACAAAUGUAGUGAGUGUGGGAAAUUCUUUACACAGUACUCAAAUAUACAAGUUCAUCAAAGAAUCCAUACUGGAGAAAAACCUUUCAAGUGUAAUGAAUGUGGGAAAUCUUUUACCCAGUACUCAAGUCUGCAAUGUCAUCAAAGAAUUCAUACUGGAGACAAACCAUAUAAAUGUAAUAACUGUGGGAAAUCCUUUAGACUGUCCUCAACACUAAAAGGUCAUCGAAGAAUCCACACUGGAGAAAAACCUUACACAUGUAGCAAUUGUGGGAAAUCCUUUACCCAGUACUCAACAUUCCAAGUUCAUCAAGGUAUUCAUACUGGAGAAAAACCUUUCAAGUGUAAUGAAUGUGGGAAAUCUUUUACCCGGUAUUCAAAUCUCAAAGGUCAUCAAAGAAUUCAUACUGGAGACAAACCAUAUAAAUGUAAUAACUGUGAGAAAUCUUUUAGCAAAGGUCAUUAAAGAAUCCACACCGGAGAAAAACCUUACAAAUGCAGUGAGUGUGGGAAAUCCUUUACCCAGUACUCAAAUCUCCAUGUUCAUAGAGGAAUCCGUACUGGAGAAAAACCUUUCAAGUGUAAUGAUUGUGGGAAAUCAUUUACCCAGUACUCAAGUCUCCAAUAUCAUCAAAUAAUCCAUACUGGAGAUAAACCAUAUAAGUAUAAUAAGUGUGAGAAAUUAUUUACAUUAUCUUCCACACUUAAAUUUCAUCAAAGAAUCCAUACUUGAGAAAAACUUUACUAAUGUAAUGAAGACUGUGGGAGGUGUUUUACUUGGUCCGCAAAUCUCCAUGUUCAUCAAGGAAUCCAUACUGGAAAUCAGCCUUAUAAGUGUAAGUAA